AGCAUAUUUUAAACCGAGAUGGAUGUCAAGUAACCCAAGAAUGGGCUGGACGAGGGCCAGCUGGAUCACAAACCCUUCCCUCUCAGAAACCCGCAGCAACGCUCUGGAGCUACUGGAAACGGCCGACCUGACAGACAUUCCUGGAUUUCCCUCGACGUAAAAACGCAGCGGACGGAAAGGCAGGCUCCCAACCGAGACAAGGCAGAGCAGCGGAGGGAGCCCCGAGUGCCUACGCGGACACACGCGUGCGUGCUUCACCGAGGUGCACUGAAUUGAAAUCGGUCAUGCUAAACGUAAAACCCACCCUCAGCCCGCCACGUUGCAGCUGGGGAGGCCAGGGCUGCUCCUCCGGGCGCGGGCGCCGGGCUGAGGGAGGAGAGGCAGGCCUCCCGCCACACGGAACCGAGAGCGAGGAGCGCAAACACAGCACAAAACCCGCCAGGCCGGUUAAAGGCAGCUUUACAAAACACAUAUCGUCAUCUUUGUCUAUACGCCCACGGGAGCUGCCUCCAGCCGGGACCGCGGCGAGGUAACACCCGCCGCCCCACACCCACCGCCGCCACCGCCGUCACCGGCUGAGGGGCGGGACCGUAGUGCGCGCGCGGGGUGUGGCCCCGCGCGGUGCAUCCCCGCCCCCUAGGCGAGCGGGCGGUAUUUCCCGCCCCGGCGGGUGACUGGCGUCACGGCGGGUUCUUGCGGUGGGUUGCCGUCACUGCCGCUUCCGGCGCGGGCGGUUUGAAGGCGAUGGCUGGUGCGCUUUACCCGCCGUCGGGCCUUGUGGCGGAGUUGGACUCAUCUCUGUCGCUGCUAGAGGCGGGAGGCGGGCGGGCGCCGCCGCCGACAGAGCAGCAGCAGGCGGGCGCGGAGAACGCGGACCUGCUGCCCAUGGUGUUCCUCUGCGCCGGCUGCAAGCGGCCGGUGGGCGACACGCUCAGCUGGGUGACCAACGACGAGGAGGCGGGCUGCAUCCUGCUGCGCAGUGCGACCGCCGGCGUCUCGGUGGACAAGGAACGGAAGCUCUCCAAGCUGCCCGGCGAGUGCGGAUGCAUGAUUGAAACAUUAUUCUGCUCUGGCUGCUCAAUGACACUUGGCAACAUCUAUAGAUGCACCCCAAAGCAUCUGGACUACAAGAGGGAUUUGUUUUGUUUCAAUGUUGACUCGAUUGAAAGUUACAUUCUAGGAUCCUCAGAGAAGCAAGCUCUUACUGAUGAAGAGCCUUUAACUAUUGAAAGUCGAGCAGUCUUGGAAGACAUGCUACAAAGGGCAGACACCGUAUUAAAGGCUCUGGAGACAAGACUGACUGCUGUUGAAUCGAGUAUGGCUUCUCUUCACAAUAAAGUCUGAAAGAAAGGACAUGCAGGAAGUUUAACUGCAGAAUGAUGUAUGUGAACCUUGUCCUUGUAAUCCUCUGGAAUCUGCAGGAACAUAGCAAAAGCUGUGCAAAGAACUGAAAGAUACUGGCGGCUCAUGCUGUGGUAGAACGAUGCUGACUAGGAGUCUUCACCAUAAACAAGGAGUUCCUCUCUUUUCUGUUAAAAGGAUACUCCAGAAAGUAGUAGAAUUUUUUUAAUCAAGCUUCUGUAGACUUUUGGUUUAUAUGUAAAUAUUUAAAUUUUUAUCUCAAAGCAAAACAUUUAUCUCCUAACUUCUCUGCUAUUCAAUAUCUACUGAGCUGGGUGUGCAUCUCCUUCCUAAACCAAUAAAAAGAAAAUCCUGGUGAUGUCUGAUGGAACAACAUAAGUAAUUUUUCGCGUUGCUACAGCCUUUGCUUGACGUGUGCUCAGUCAGGAAUGGCACAGUAACUGUACAGGGUGGCUUACUGCUUUUUUGGGCUUUUUUCCAAGCUCAAGGCUAAAAUAGUUGUAAAGAAGGCUUUAAAAACAUUAGAUAAAAUGGAUUUCCACACAGUAUUUUAGGUCAUAUGUUUUACAGCUUCAAGAUGAGGAAAAUAAACAAGGCUGGUAGCAGCACACCUUUAUGCAAAGCUUGGUGUGUAUUUGAGCAAUGAAUUCAAAAUGCUAAUUAACACCUAGCAGUAUUUUGUUGGUUUAAUGCAGAUAUUUCAGUUAUUUGUCUUUGUUUUUCUGUGUAUUUCACAGUCAGGGUUUCUUAUACAGUGUGAGUGUUCCAAGUAACUUUUUUUUUUCAAUAAAACAAAAGCAAGCAGUUGUAGUCUAAA